UUGAGAAACAUUUUUUCUCUCUUUUAGAUCUCAAGUUGGUAUCAGAGCGGGUUCAUCCUGCUCUGGUUUCAAGUGUGUUGUUCACCAGCACGGUCACUGCUGGUCGCACCUGUCCGGUGCCGUUCGUCGUUGUCUGCGGCUGUCUCGCCACUAUUUGCAGCUGUCAACUGCAAUUUCAAGUUUUUCAACUUGGCCGCCAUCCUGGUAUCUGUCCGCUACCGUCUGCCGCUAUCCGCCGCCGUCCGCCGCCGUCCGCCGCCGUCCGCCGCCACUGUUCCGUCCGGCGACCACUGGAUCUGGUUCGCCUCUUCACGCGACAGCCAACCACGCCGGUGGGUUCGCCUGAUUCUCCUCCACGCUCCGUCACGCGCCACCUCUUUGCGCGCUGCGAAUAGGCACGUGCUGUCCACGCGCCGCCCUCUGCUCACCAGAAAGUUUCCGCGCCACCUCCAUAGCCGUCGCCCUCAGCUCCUCUGUCCAUUUUGACCCUCAAAAUCUUACUUUGAAUGGCAUCUGGAAGUGUUCUUUCUUUCUCUGGAAGUCCCUCAAUCACUUCCGAAAAGCUAAAUGGAAAGAAUUAUAUGUCUUGGUCUGCUGCUGUAGAAAUGUGGUUCCUUGGUCAAGGACGUUAUGACCACCUUGAGCAGGAUGGGAGUCAAGUACCUUCUGACAUAGCUGAACAAUGGAAACAAGCUGAUUUUCAAUUGUGUGCCCUCUUGUGGCAAUCUGUGGAACCCCGACUUUUGAUAUCUCUUAGAGCCUUCAAGACAUGUCACACUUUUUGGAAGAAAGCUCAAAGCAUUUAUGCUAAUGAUAUUCAACGUCUCUAUGAUACCGCAAACAAGCUCGCCUGUCUCAAAAUGACAGACCAUGAUAUGGUCUCCUUCAUGACUGAAGCCCAAGCAGCUGUGGAAGAAUUGAGAAUGUUCUUGGAAGUGGAAUCUUCGGAAGAUAUCAAAAAGAAGCUUGACAAGUAUUAUAUGGUGAUGAUCCUCCGUGCUUUGCAUCCAGAUUUGAAUCACAUCAGAGAUCAACUUCUGACAAGUCAUGAAGUCCCUUCUAUGGAAGCCUUAACCACACGUCUUCUUCGUGUUCCUGUGCCUCAGUCUCAGGAAGCUCAUGACACAAUAGCACCAUCUCUCAUGGUUGCCACGCGAGGAAGAGGAGGACGUGGAACUAGAGGAGGAGGACGUGGAGGUCGGGGAAAUCAACAGUGCUCUUACUGUAAGAGGAUGGGUCACAUCCGAGAAAACUGCUACUCCUUGCAUGGCUUUCCUUCAAAAACUGCCAAUAUAUCUCAGGCUGAAACUUCCACUUCCAACUCCAAGUUUACUGAGGAAGAGUAUCAAGAGUAUCUGCGCUUAAAGUCUAACAGCUUGGCACAAUCAUCUCAGUCCUCAAGUACGUCCACAGCUUGCAUUUCUCAAUCCAUGGCAGGUCCAAAUUCAUGGGUAAUUGACUCGGGUGCUUCUGAUCACAUUUCUGGAGCGUGGCUCGGGGAGACAGAUUGGAGAAGGAUAUGAAGCUGGAGGUUUAUACCAUUUUGGAUUUCGUCCACGGGUAUCUUGUGUUGCUGCUCUUCCCCCUAAAGUGUUACAUGAUCGGUUUGGCCAUCCUAACUUGUCAAAAUUAAAAAAGAUGUGUCCUGAACUUAGUGGUCUUCAGACCUUAGAAUGUGAGUCCUGUCAACUAGGAAAACAUGUUAGAUCUGUCUUCCCUAAAAGAUCUCAAUCAAUGUGUACUUCUAGUUUUUCUAUUAUUCAUUCUGAUGUCUGGGGACCUAGUCGCGUCUCUUCUUUUGGUUUUCGGUAUUUUGUUACCUUUAUUGAUGAGUAUUCUAGAUGUACUUGGGUUUAUCUGAUGAAAGAUCGCUCUGAAUUGUUACCCAUUUUCACAUCCUUUUUGAAUGAAAUCAAGAACCAAUUUGGUCAAGUAAUUAAAGUCUUAAGAAGUGAUAACGCUAAAGAGUAUUUCUCAUCAACUUUUUCUUCACUUCUUAGCUCCCAUGGUAUUUUACAUCAGUCCACUUGUCCUCAUACACCCCAACAAAAUGGUAUAGCCGAAAGAAAAAAUAGACACUUGGUUGAAACGGCUCGUACCCUUUUGCUUGGUGCUCAUAUUCCUGUUCAUCACUGGGGGGAUGCCAUCUUAACUGCAUGUUUUCUUAUUAAUAGGAUGCCCUCCUCCUCUCUCAAUAAUAAAGUUCCUUUCUCCAUUCUCUUUCCCAAUGACCCUCUCUUUCACACCUCUCCUCGAGUCUUUGGUUGUGUUUGUUUUGUUCACGACAUGUCUCCGGGGCUCGACAAGCUCUCGGCUCGUGCGAUCAAAUGUGUCUUUUUGGGCUAUUCUCGACUUCAAAAAGGGUAUCGAUGUUACUCUCCUGAAACCA